GUAGCGGUUGCUAGGAGACCGGCCCAGCGUGAAGCGACCAUUCCAGUGAAGUGCCACCUGCAGAAGGAAACCCCCAUGGCGGCGUCAGACAAGCUCCUACUGCUGCAGAGUCAAGCAGUGGCCAAGGAGGAGGAGGCCAAGAUGAAGACAGAGCUGCUCACUCGUUUCCUGAAGGAGAAACUGGCCAGGGAGGAGCAGACCAGCACCCUGAACCUCCAGAAGAUCCACACGCAAUGGCAGGCUCUGCUGCGCAAGGCCAAGGCCAAGGAGCUGCGCCAGGAUAUCGCAGUCCUCAGCCAGGCCUUCGCACGCAUGAUGGACCGCAAGGACAGCAUCAUCGAGUUACUAGUGACCGACCUGGACCAGGUGGAGGAGCAGCACGCCCGGCCCCUGCGCAGCCACUUGGACAACAUUGACCGCCUGCUGCAGCUGCAGCGCUGCCGCCUGGCCUUCCUGGAGGAGGUGUACGGUGCCCAGUGGCAGGUCCUGGAGACAGAAUUCGAGGCUGAGAGGAGAUCCAUCCUCGAGCAGCGAGAGCAAGAAAGCCGCUACCUGCAGGCCAUGGUGCUGGCCACGGAGCAGAAUUACACCAAGAAUGACCACGAGGCCAUGCUCAAUUUCCAGAGCAUGCGAGACGACACCAAGAACAAGACCCUGCUGGAGAAGUACUACUGCCGCAUGGAGCUGAGCGGGAAGGCAGAGGCGCUCUGGGAGCAGUUCCAGCAUGCCAUGCAGAGCUACAUGGAGGCCACCGAGCACCAGAGGAUCGCGUUUGAGGAACUGAAGCAGAAGGACAAGAAGAGGUCCAAGGAAAUUGAGAUGCAGACGAAGAAGCUGCAAAAGCUCCAGGACUUAGUCGCAGCCACCAAGGAUCAGAUGCUGGCUCAUCUCCACGAGAGUGAGGAGCAGAACCAGCGCAUGCGGAAGGAGAAGAAAAAGGUCCUCAGGCAGCUCCAGGAGCUCAAGGGUGAGAUGAAGGAGGCCAGAGCGAGCGCCCACAAUAGCCUGGCUGUGCUCACGGUGCAGAGCAACACAGCCCUGAAGGUGCUGGCGUGGGUGGUGAAGAAGGUGAGACUGACGCCCCGUGGCAAGAGGGAGCACCGGGGAGGUGCCACCAUGGUGCCACCUUCCUUUCCUGUGUCCCCUUCCCAGGCAGAGCGCAUCCUGCAGCUUGCUGAGAUGUGCCGCAGGCUGGAGACAGAGGAGGAGAAGGUGCUGCCUUUCUAUCCUUCUUCACUGGCAGAGGACGAGCAGCGAGAUGCCCGGUGGGUCCUUGUGGAGUCACCUACGGAGCCCCUGGCGCGGGCCUUGCGGGAUUACGUGGGGCUGGAGCGCUUCUGGCAGCGCUUCAACAAGGUGAAGCUGGAGGAACAGGCGCUGGAGCGGGAGCGGGUGGCCCUGAGCCAGAGGAACCGGUGGCUGCGGGAGCUGCUCCGGCGGUACCUGGCAGGGUUCUCCAUCACCCGGGAGGUGCUCAGCGAACCCAACCUGCUCCUUGCCGUCGAGCACAAGAGCUGCAUCCCCAGGGACUCAUCUCGCACCUGGGGGACCAUGCAUGAGGUCGGCAAGGUGUGGCACGCACCAACACCCUCCUGGACCCCAUCCUCUGCUCCGCUGGCACCAAAUCCCCCUGCAAAGUGUAGCGCCCAGCCUGCUGCUCGGGGACACCGGAGGAACCGUGACUGCCCAGAGGUGCCAUAAAAGAGCUAAACUGUGCCUAAAAAAGUGCUCCGGGGUCUUUUUUCUGGUCACACUGAGCUUUGUCAGGGCAGGUGUGGGUCUGUCACCUCUCUGCUUAGUGCUGCCAGUGACCAAAUCCCCGCUGCCGGACCAGGCAGGGAGCUCAUGGAGGAGGCACAGUCCCUUCCCACUGCUCUGCAUCC